GACCAAUCGAAACGGCAACGAACGGGUCGAUCGAUAUGGAUCAUCAUACUCGAAAGGAUAAACCAGAAUCAUCCUAUUGCUCGACAGAAACAGAUUGCGACAUCGCAGAGCAAAGGAGCAGCGGCAAGAUUGUGGAAUUGGAUGAGGACAUGAAUCAAGUCGUGGAGGACUUGACGAAGCAGAUUCUGGAUCUAAACGAGAGCCGGGUUCUUGAGCAGAUGUUUCAAGACUGUCGGUAUAGACAUCUUCUAAUUCAGACCCACACAUGGGAGGAGAAGGUGGUGCGGAUUCUUCAUGUGGUACGCUGUCGAGAAUUCACUCAACGCAAUCCCAAGACAGGCAUUUGCCAACCCUGCCGCUUUUCUUUAUUCAACAUAGCCUUGUUUGAUUUCGACAAAGAGUCUAAGGUUGUGCAUGGACCACUGUUUCGCGACAUCCCUCCCUUCCAUUAUGAGCGGUUGGAUACAUCUUUCAAUUUAGUCUCAAUCAAGGUUGCUGAGUCUGACAUUCGUUACCCCAUCAGUAUAUAUGGUACUGUAUUGGCGAGGGACAGGAACGACUACAGAUGCGUCUACUUAUUCAAGCGUGGAAGGGAUGAACCUCAGGUCAUCACUAGGAAGAACCGUAUGCUAGCUUUGACAGGUCCAUAUCGAGCACUUGGUGGCACAACUGAUUUGCAUGUUGAGUUUGAUCUGAAGAUUAAGGGUGAGGGGGCAGCUGACGAAGAUUUCAGCAAAGGUUUAUUAGUGCUCAAUGCCUUUAUGAAUAAGUCCGGUAUACCCUACACAUUUUCACUCAAAAGUUACCUGAGUACUGUGGAUAUGGUGUGUGUGCCUGUCUCUAAUGCCUUGGAAGCUUCUAUUGGAGUCAACUUUUUGAAUGGAAAAUCUACUUUCACUGGCAAAAUAUUUGCUUCUACUUCUGAAAGUGAUACAAGUAAAAUGGUUCUGUAUGACAGUCAAGUAGAUGGCACCAAGACAGAAUUUGGAAGUGAUGGGUCUGUUUCAUUAAGUCGUCGUAUAUUAUCUGUCAGAAGGGGUGAAUACCUGCUGCUAUAUUUUUCUGUUCGUGAUAGUUACGAUAAGUUUAGACGCCUUAAGUUUGUUAUAGGGAAUGAUGUGGAUGAACGUACUUGCAACCUAGGCACUUACAGGCUGCACGUGAAGAUCAUUUGGAAGGGUGUCUUUAGACAACAUGGCAUUGAGUCAAAGGUUAUUGGUGACACUAAAGUGUUAUGGUGAAUGCUAUUUUGUAGAACAAAUUUAAUAAAGUGAUGUCAGCAGGCUA